AUGGCGAGUAUAGUGUCCGUACAAGUUAUAGACUCUGGAGGAACUCGCUUGGUUAUCACUCUAAUUGUAAAGUUAUCGUGUUGGCAAAUAGCAGUAGAGAAGAUAGGAAGGAUGCAUGUCAAAUUUGCUAUGAUGGUAAAGGUGAUUUGGAAGAACCGUAACAAUAUAGAUUGGAAUUAUGUAAGGGAGGGUAUCUCUAUAUUAGGCUUGCGAGCCUAUUUUAACUGGCAAGAUUGGUUCGCAACCCAGGAUACUCAUGAAAGGAAUAAUAGUAAUCAAAACUCUUUUGUGUGGUCUCUUCCAGCUGAAGGAGUUGCUUGGAAUAUAGGUAGUAUGUCAUCUAUAGAAGCUGGGACUUUAGCAUUGAAAGAAGUUGUUCAACAUGUUGUUACCAUGAACUUGGAUUAUAUGAUAUUCGAAAGUGACUCUCAAGUGUUUACUCAAGGCAUCCAUUCUAUAGCUACUGAUUCGUCUAAGUUUAAUUUUAUUCUUCUUUCUAUUAAGCGUUUGUUAGCUUUUAUUUCAAACUUUGAGGUAAAGUUUAUUAAACGCCAAACGAAUAUGGUUGCCGAUCCGUUAGUUAAGGCGGUCAAUUCUUGGUCUAGGCGUAGUAUCGUUAAUGUUAUUCCUUCUUGUACUAACUUUCAUUUGAUAAAUGAUAUGAGUUAA